CUUACAACAGGUAUCGCCAAGGAGGCAUUAAACAGCGGAGAUGGGCAUCUGCGAUGAUAUGCACCGAGUCUACUACCAACCGCUCGACGGCGCCACAAGGCUUAUGGGUCUCCGCCUCUCGAAAAUGUUCCGUAGUACAAGGCCGUCCGGCGGUAAUUGAGCAAUGCAGCAACCGUGUAGGUUUCCGGUCGAAUGAGAUCCCAUGACAGCGCUGCUCUGCUAUGGGUGGAAUGUAGACAAAUUGGCCGCGCUGUGCUGGGUGCGCCCUCAAGCUCAAGCCCCAACGGCCAUUGCAAGUGUUCAACACACUGCACAGUGCAUGCCAUGCCAGACGGAGUCCUACCUCCCCGUAUCCGCAAGCUUCCUCGCGCGCCUGCAUCGAACGACUGUCCGGAGGACAUCAAAGGGAACUUCUUGCUCGAGAUGCGCCAGCUCGCAAUCCCUUUCAUGUACUUUACCAUCGCAGACUUUCUUGGUAGCGUUGUCAUCGGUAUCGGCCACGUGUUCUUGCGCGAUAUCGCCUCACGGAGAUCUGCCUCCGCCGCACAGCGACGCGCGGACAGGCUACUAGCUCGUCGCUGAAGAUGUGCCUUCGGAGACGCUGUGUGGUGUGCUGCUGGAAGUGCCAGCUCUAGGCGCGGAAGGAUAAGC